GUUGCUAAGGUAGUCUGAGUGUCAACAUGUUGCUAUACAGUUGCAAAAACAGUCAUUGUGUUUUAGUGUUGCUAUGUAGUUGCUAGUGUGUUGCUAUGUGGUUGCUAAGGCAGCCUGCGUGUUUUUAACAUGUUGCUAUCCAGUUGCUAGGGCAUUGUUGUGUGGUUUCUAAGGUGCUUUGAGCGUUUAUAACAUAUUGCUUGGCAGUUGCUAGAAUGUCGCUGCAUGUUGUUUUUUAACAUGUUGCCAUGCAGUUACAAAAGCAUUCUAUGUGUUUUUAUUGUGUUGCUUUGCAGUUGUUAUUUAACCUGUUAUGUGGUUGAAAAAUGUGGUUGUGUGUGUGUGUGUGUGUGUGUGUGUGUGAGUGAGUGCACGUGUUGCUAUGCAGUUGCAAAGGAGCUCAGAGAACAUGUUUUGUUUCAUGUUUGUUAGGGUAUUUUAGGUUCUGACCAAUGGUAACUUAGGUGUUUUCAGCUUGUUUUUUGAAUGUUGCUAUGUGGUUGUUGUGGUGUUCUGAUUGUUUAUUGUGCAUUUAUAAAAAUUUUUGCAUGUUGCCAUGGUGAAACUAAGAUGUUCUGAGUGUUUUUUAAGUUUAGUGAAGUACAUCAGCCCUUUAUAUCCCUGUGAGUUUUUCACAUGCUGUUUUUGCCGUCUGUUUUGUAUAAAUAAUACAGAUCAAUUGUGUGUGGCUUAUAAAUGCGACAGUUACAAACGUCAUGACAAAAUAUGCAGUAAUAUUCCAGGAAUUGAGUCCCACCGCAUUCACACAAACAUACAGUCAUCUGCUGGCUUUUGUUCAGACUGGUUUACGAGCUGCAUUUAUGAAAGGAUCUGGUCUGAAUAGGAGAGAAAGAGAUCACGACCAAGAUGGACCCGUCUAACGGGCUGAACCGGCCGCUGGAGAUUGUCCCGCACGCGGAGGUGAAGUUGAAGGACAGAGGACAGUGGAGCAACAAGCUGGAGUUUGUCCUGUCGGUGGCCGGAGAGAUCAUUGGACUGGGAAACGUGUGGCGCUUCCCGUAUCUCUGCUACAAGAACGGUGGAGGUGCAUUUUUCAUUCCCUACCUGAUCUUCCUCUUCACCUGCGGUAUUCCCGUGUUUUUCCUGGAGAUUUCUCUGGGUCAGUACACCAGCGAGGGAGGAAUCACAUGCUGGAGGAAGAUCAGCCCGCUGUUUGAAGGUAUCGGUUACGCCACUCAGGUUAUCGUGGCUCUGCUCAACUUCUACUAUAUAAUAGUCUUGGCCUGGGGAAUAUUUUACCUGUCCUACUCGUUCUCCUGGAACCUGCCGUGGUCCUCCUGCAACAACACCUGGAACACAGAUACCUGCAUGGAAUUCCAAAGACGAAAUGAAUCCAUUGACCAAAGUUACCUUGAAAACGCAACAUCGCCUGUAAUUGAGUUCUGGGAACGCAGGGUUUUGCGGAUCUCGUCUGGGAUUGAGGAGAUAGGAACGCUGCACUGGGAUCUGGUCCUCUGUCUAUUGUUGGCCUGGGUUCUCUGCUAUUUCUGCAUCUGGAAAGGUGUCAAAUCCACCGGCAAGGUGGUGUACUUCACUGCGACCUUCCCGUAUGUGAUGCUGUUGAUUUUACUGGUCAGAGGGGUCACACUGCCUGGAGCGUCCCGCGGGAUCCAGUUCUAUCUUUAUCCUGACUUGGGACGGUUAGCGGAUCCGCAGGUGUGGAUGGACGCAGGCACGCAGAUCUUUUUCUCGUACGCCAUAUGUUUAGGUUGCCUCACCGCACUCGGAAGUUACAAUAAAUACAACAACAACUGCUACAGGGAUUCUUUGGCCCUGUGUUUCCUGAACAGCGGAACCAGUUUUGUCGCUGGUUUUGCCAUCUUCUCGAUUCUCGGCUUCAUGUCUUAUGAACAGAACGUCCCAAUUUCAGAAGUGGCCGAGUCUGGUCCUGGUUUGGCAUUCAUUGCAUAUCCGCGGGCAGUGUCCAUGAUGCCCAUCUCUCCGCUGUGGGCCUGUUUCUUUUUCAUCAUGAUUGUACUGCUGGGGUUGGACAGUCAGUUCGUGUGUGUGGAGAGUCUGGUCACGGCUAUGGUGGACAUGUACCCGACUUUCUUCCGCCAGAAGAACCGCAGAGAGCUGCUCAUCCUCGUCGUGGCCAUCGUGUCCUUCCUCGUGGGUCUCAUUAUGCUCACAGAGGGUGGAAUGUAUGUCUUCCAGCUGUUUGAUUACUAUGCAGCCAGUGGGAUGUGUUUGCUCUUCGUAGCUAUUUUUGAGACCGUCUGCAUCGCUUGGAUAUACGGUGCUAAUCGGUUUUAUGACAAUAUUGAGGACAUGAUUGGUUACCGUCCUGGGCCGUAUUUUAAAUACUGCUGGCUCUUCUUCACCCCAGCCACCUGUUUUGGUACGUUUGCGUUCUCCCUGAUCAAAUACACUCCUCUGAAGUAUAAUAACGAGUAUGUGUACCCGUGGUGGGGUUACGCUCUCGGCUGGCUGCUGGCGCUCUCCUCUAUGGUUUGCAUCCCGCUGUGGGUUGUUUCUAAACUGAGCACGGCCAAAGGUUCACUGAGAGAGCGUUUCCACGAGCUCAUCACACCCUCACCGGACCUCCCCAAAACCAGACGAGAGCAGGAGAAACUUCAGGCCAUCUUUGCAGCCGACGGUGACACUCUUCGCCAGCGAGGCGGUCCGACCAAAGACGGGUACUUCCCUGUCGGCGAGAAGGAGUCGCACUGUUAGCCCGGCCGUCCAGUGAUGGACCACUGUAUGUUUCCCCGAGGGUGGUGCUUCUAAACCUUCCCAUGAUACCUCACACAGUACUGGCAGCCAAAUAAGCAUUACGACAGACACGCCAGGGUGACGCUCCACCUCUCCUCGGACUGAGAGGGGAUUUGAAGAGCUUCAUGCUUGUUCUCAUUCACCAGAGCACACAAAAAUACAGUUUGUGUCAAUAUUAUAGACAGCAGAAUGUCACAAUGUAAUCACUUAUUUUAAACGUGAUAUUGGAGAGAAAGCUUAGGGUUAGCUAGUGUUACUUCCGAUUUAUAUGUCUUAACUAAGCCACAAAAGUGUAGACCCAUGCAUGGUCAAAUUUCAUUGGAUAUGCAUUAUGGGCAAGACUCUACAGGCAAAAACAUUUUUUAUGCACUGGUCAAUUUUGAGAUUUUGGGCGAUAUGGCUUUCCAUAAUAUGUUUCUGAUUAAUGGAAAGAAAAUAUCUAAAAUACACUGAAGUUUUUACUACACUUUAUCUAUUUGCAUCUGAGGAUUUAAAUUACAAUAUAUUUUUUGAGGCCAUUUUCUCAAAAUGAGAUUUUUCUUCACUUACACUAAGUAGCACGUACUUACACCGAACUUAACAGUUUUACUCAUAUUUAUAUUCUGUUAAAUUUGUGCACAUUUAAUUAUAUUAUGCCUCACUUGCAUAUUUUAGCAUAACAUUUUAGAAAAAUUGUUAUCCCCCCCCCCCAUUUAUAUAUAUAUAUAUAUACACAAAGUCAGGUCCGGAAGUAUUUGGACACUGACUGAGUUUUUGCUCUUUUGCCUUUAAACACCCCAACGAUGGAUUUGAAAUAAAACAAUCAAGAUGUGAUUGAAAUGCAGACUUUAAGCUUUAAUUCAUGGGGUGGUACAAAUAUAAUACAUAUAACAUAAAAUGCUUAGGAAUUACAACCAUUUUUAU